GGUCAAAGGCAAACAAAAUGGCCGGACUCUGGUUGUGGUCGGUGUCUGUUGUAUGAAUCGUCUAAAGGGAAUAGAUCUUCUGAAAAUGCACUGUAGAAGCGCGGAGGAUUAUGUACCAUGCAGUCCUCUGCUUUCGGAUAUUAAUCUGAUUAUUUUUACAGCUGGCUGUAAAAGCUAGGCGACUUCUCCCCGCUGUGCCUUAGUGGCUUCUUGCUAGCCAGGUGGCUAAAAGUAAACACUUAAGCAACAUUCCGGUUCUUCUCCUUCUGUUCAUUUCACGAGGGAGAAAACCAAAAAGCUCCGAGAAUGAACCGCAAAAAGGACAAGGGCUUCGAGAGUCCUCGACCAUAUAAAUUAACUCACCAGGUGGUGUGUAUAAACAACAUCAACUUCCAGAGGAAGUCAGUUAUAGGCUUCGUGGAGCUGACCCUCUUCCCCACCGUGGUGAACCUGAACCGCAUCAAGCUGAACAGCAAGCAGUGCCGCAUUUACAGAGUGCGAGUGAACGAUCUGGAAGCGCCGUUUAUUUACAACGACCCCACGCUGGAGGUCUGCCACCACGAGUCCAAGCAGCGGAACCUGAACUACUUCUCCAGUGCUUAUGCUGCAGCAGUGAGUGCGGUGGAUCCAGAUGCAGGAAAUGGAGAGCUCUCUAUUAAAGUACCUGCUGAACUGUGGAAGCAGGGAGAUGAGAUGAAGGUACUGAAGGUGUAUAUCGAAUUCUCACUGGACCAGCCCAAGGGGGGGCUGCACUUUGUUGUGCCUGACAUGGAGGGCAGCAUGGCGGAGAGAGGAGCUCACGUCUUCUCCUGCGGAUAUCAGAAUUCCACACGGUUCUGGUUUCCCUGUGUGGACUCGUACUCAGAGCUGUGCACCUGGAAGCUGGAGUUCACUGUGGAUGCCUCCAUGGUGGCGGUGUCGUGCGGCGACCUCAUGGAGACCAUCUACACUCACGACAUGCGCAAGAAGACUUUUCAUUACGUGCUGCCUAUCCCCACCGCCGCCCCCAAUAUCUCACUGGCAGUGGGACCAUUCGAGAUCCUCGUGGACCCCUACAUGCAUGAGGUGACUCAUUUCUGCCUGCCUCAGCUUCUGCCACUACUUAAGCACACCAUGUCCUACUUACAUGAGGUGUUUGAGUUCUACGAGGAAAUCCUGACCUGCCGCUACCCGUACUCCUGCUUCAAGACCGUGUUUGUGGACGAGGCCUACAUGCAGGUCUCCUCUUAUGCCUCCAUGAGCAUUUUCAGUACAAACCUGCUGCACAGUGGACUGAUUAUAGACCAGACCCCAGCAACACGCCGCUGUCUGGCACAGGGCCUGGCACAACAGUUCUUUGGCUGCUAUAUCUCACGCAUGUCAUGGUCUGAUGAAUGGGUGUUGAAAGGCAUAUCUGGCUACAUCUACGGUCUCUACCUGAAGAAGACGUUCGGAGUCAACGAGUAUCGCCACUGGAUCAGGGAGGAGCUGGACAAGAUAGUGGAAUACGAGCUGAAAACAGGAGGCGUUCUGCUGCACCCUACAUUUGCUGCAGGCAAAGAGAAAGACAGCCCUACCCCACAUCUGCAUUUCUCUAUCAAACACCCACACACACUGUCCUGGGAAUACUACAAAAUGUUCCAGUGUAAGGCUCACCUGGUCAUGAGGCUGAUCGAGAACCGCAUCAGUAUGGAGUUCAUGCUGCAGGUGUUCAACAAGUUGCUAAGCCUGGCCAGCACUGCUUCAUCUCAAAAGUACCAGUCGCACAUGUGGAGCCAGAUGCUUUUGUCCACCUCAGGGUUUCUCAAGUCCAUCUCCAACGUGUCAGGGAAGGAUAUUGGGCCCUUGAUUAAACAAUGGGUAGACCAGAGCGCAGUGGUUAAGUUCUUCGGGAGCUUUGCCUUUAACAGGAAGAGAAACGUGCUGGAGCUGGAGAUCCGUCAGGAUUACACGUCCUCAGGCACUCAGAAAUAUGUGGGCCCUAUAAAAGUGACUGUUCAGGAGCUGGAUGGAUCUUUCAACCACAUGCUGCAGAUCGAAGAGAACAGCCUCAAGCAUGACAUCCCCUGUCAUUCCAAAAGCAGGAGGAACAAGAAGAAGAAAAUUCCUCUGAUGAAUGGAGAGGAAGUUGACAUGGACCUGUCUGCGAUGGACGCCGACUCGCCCCUGCUGUGGAUCCGGAUCGACCCUGACAUGGCGGUGCUACGGAAGGUGGAACUGGCGCAGGCCGACUUCAUGUGGCAGUAUCAGCUGCGGUAUGAGCGAGAUGUUGUGGCACAGGAGGAAGCCAUUGUAGCACUGGAGAAAUUCCCCACUGCUGCCUCUCGCCUCGCCCUCACCGACAUCCUCGAGCAAGAGCAGUGCUUCUACAAAGUGCGCAUGCAGGCCUGCUUCUGCUUGGCCAAGAUUGCUAACUCCAUGGUGAGCACAUGGCAAGGCCCUCCAGCUAUGAAGUCCCUCUUCACGCGUAUGUUCUGCUGCAAGAGCUGUCCCAACAUCGUCAAGACCAACAACUUCAUUAACUUCCAGAGCUACUUCCUACAGAAGACCAUGCCUGUGGCUAUGGCCUUGCUCAGGGACGUGCAGAAUCUCUGUCCUAAAGAGGUGCUCAACUUCAUUCUGGACCUCAUCAAGUACAAUGAUAACGUAAAAAAUAAGUUUUCGGAUAACUACUACCGCGCCGAACUGAUCGAAGCCCUGACCAACUCCUUAACGCCAGCCAUCAGCAUCAACAACGAGGUACGCACAGUGGACAGUCUGAACCCCGAUGUCAAACUCAUCCUGGAGGAAGUAACACGCUUCCUCAACAUGGAGAAACUGCUGCCGAGCUACAGGAACACCAUCACCGUCAGCUGCCUGCGUGCCAUCAGGAUGCUGCAGAAGAACGGCCACAUACCCAGCGACCCGAGCCUGUUUAAAGCCUAUGCGGAGUAUGGACAUUUUGUGGACGUGAGGCUUGCCGCACUUGAGGCUGUGGUCGACUAUACAAGAGUUGACAGGAGCGCUGAGGAGUUUCAGUGGCUGUUGGACAUGGUCCAGAACGAUCCUGUGCACUAUGUGAGACAUAGGAUUCUAAGCAUGUUGUCCAAGAAUCCCCCCUUUACAAAAGCAGCAGAAUCUCCUCUGUGCACCGAGGCUCUCGUGGACCAGCUCUGGAAACUGAUGAAUUCUGGUACCUCCCAUGACUGGCGUUUGCGCUGUGAUGCUGUGAACCUGUACAACACUCUGUUUGGUCUGACCAGGCCCUCAUGCCUGCCUCUGCCUGAACUCGGUCUCGUCCUCAACCUGAAGGAGAAGAAGGCCGUCUUGAACCCAACCAUCAAAUCAGAUUCCGAGGGUCCUGAGCUUGUACCUGAGAUGGUCUUCACUAGCAGUGGAAAAGAGGAGCAUGUUGUGAUGGAGCCGGUUUUAAGCGGCUUAGCCCUCACUCCACAGGGCCUGAAGAGGAAGGCUGAGACGCCUUUGGCUUCGCCUCCUGAACCUGGGCAGGUGCUGCAGGACGAGCCAAUGGGAAAAAUAACCGCCAAGAGCAGAUUUCCCAUGCAGGAGGAUGAGGAUAUUGACAUGGACACAGUUCAUGACAGUCGAGCAUUUAUCUACCAUCAUCUGAACAUGCUGGACAGACCAUCAACACCAGGUCGAGAACCUCCUGUCAUGGAGCAGACUGUCAUGCCCAUGCCAGCCACGCCUAUCCCAACGUUUGCUAAGGAGGGCGCUUCCUCUUCUUCCUCCUCCAAGCACCACCACCAUCACCACCACCACCAUCAUGAGCACAAGAAAAAGAAGAAGAAGCACAAACAUAAGCACAAGCACAAACACAAGCAUGAGAGCAAGGACAAGGACAAAGAGAAGGAGCGCGACCUCCACAGCUUUGCUAACAGCCCAGCCAGCGGCCGCUCACCCUCACUGUCCGACUGACACCAGUUCCACCGUGUGCUAUCCCUAAACACUGUUUCUACCUGAACAUGUUGAUGUUUCCUCAAGCUUUUCUUAUGUCUUGCUUGGAAGGAGAAAGACCUUCAUGACGAAUCAGUGCCUCUAGAAACUUACAUUUUUCCUCAAUCCACCCCUCACCUGAACUCAGUCUUGUGGGAGUCUUUAAGCAACACUUCUCUCAAUGCAGAACUAGUCGCAACUAGUUAUUAGUGUUUGCCAGUCAAUUGCAGUGCAAUUCUGAAGCUUGGGCUAACGUUAGCUAACAUUGCUAUGUUUUGCCUGAGCAUUAAUAUAACAUCAGUACUGUAGCUUCAGCUUUGCUAAUGCUGCAAUUUCCCAUUUAAAUCAGUAGCUUGGUCAAAUCCUUAUCCUUAUCCACUGUGCUGAAUACAUGUUCCAUUAACUUUCAUUAAAGACGUUCCGAUUGAGUAACUAGCCGAGGUAUUGUAUGCUAGCAGAAUAGAUCUCCAAAAUGUUAAACAAUGCAUGAUGCCCAAAUUUAGUCUUCAUGCAUUUUGCAUCAAUAUGCUAGUCUGUUGGCCCGCAGGUUUAAAGAGCAAUAAGCAUUCCUGGCUAGUCAAAUGAAAUGUUUCUGUAUCAUACCUCUUCCAUACUGCUCUUCCAAUGCUGGUUUUGUGUUAAAACUUGAAAUAAUGGCCCCUGUUUGUCUCAGAAGUGUUUUAAUUGUGAAAACUCUCAAACCCUCAACACUGGGGCUGUAUGUCGUUGUGCUUUUUAAAAAUCUUUCUUAGCUAUUAUCAUGGCUAGUUCACUCAAGCUAAUGCUUAGACUCUGCUUCUUUGACAUUUACCUUGCACUUGAUCUGUCAGAUCUUUCUGUAUCGAGACAGCAGCCAUGUCCAGCAGCUGAAAUCCCAUUUAACUACAGCACUGGUUGGGUGGAAGACUGGUGGGGAAGGGGGUUUUAUAACAUGACCUUUUCUGAAAAUUUGUAAAUGCAAUAAAUUAUACCUUUUCUAAAAUA